GAGGUGACGGAGCAGCGGCCCCGCCCGGUGUGCUGGAAGACGAAACUUCCAGGUAGCGACCCGCAGUCUGGCUUCAGGGUACGACGUGGGUAGUCGGCGGGGUCCCACAGCCCCACGGCGGCCCCUUUAAGGAGGAGGUGGAGCCACGUCUCCAGACAACCUGAGCCCAGGUCCCCACAGCUCAGGACAGCCAUGAGUGCGGAGGUGAAGGUGACAGGGCAGAACCAGGAGCAAUUUCUGCUCUUGGCCAAGUCGGCCAAGGGGGCAGCGCUGGCCACACUCAUCCACCAGGUGCUGGAGGCCCCUGGUGUCUACGUGUUUGGGGAACUGCUGGAUAUGCCCAAUGUUAGAGAGCUGGCUGAAAGUGACUUCGCUUCCACGUUCCGGCUGCUCACAGUGUUUGCUUAUGGAACAUAUGCUGACUACUUAGCUCAAGCCAGGAAUCUUCCCCCACUCACUGAGGCUCAGAAGAAUAAGCUUCGACACCUCUCAGUUGUCACCCUGGCUGCUAAAGUCAAAUGCAUCCCAUAUGCAGUGUUGCUAGAAGCCCUUGCUCUGCGUAAUGUGCGGCAGCUGGAAGACCUGGUAAUUGAGGCCGUAUAUGCUGAUGUGCUUCGCGGCUCUCUGGAUCAACGCAAUCAGCGGCUGGAGGUUGACUAUAGCAUUGGACGAGACAUCCAGCGCCAAGACCUCAGUGCCAUUGCCCGAACCCUACAGGAGUGGUGUGUGGGCUGUGAGGUUGUGCUCUCAGGUAUUGAAGAGCAAGUGAGCCGUGCCAACCAGCACAAGGAGCAGCAGCUGGGCCUGAAGCAGCAGAUUGAAAGUGAGGUUGCCAACCUUAAAAAAACCAUUAAAGUAACGACAGCGGCGGCAGCUGCAGCCACAUCUCAGGACCCCGAGCAACACCUGACUGAACUUAGGGAACCAGCUCCAGGCACCAACCAACGCCAGCCCAGCAAGAAGGCCUCAAAGGGCAAGGGGCUCCGAGGGAGUGCCAAGAUUUGGUCCAAGUCUAACUGAAGGGAUUCAUUUCUUUCCUGGGGAUGUGGGGCCCCAGAUGCCUGCCUGCCUGCCCCUUAGGAUGCCUCAGAGAGCCUUCCUGUGCUCCUGGCCAACUGAUAAUCCUAGUUCUUGACCUUUAACCUCCUGCACCUCAAAGCAUAGAUGCUCGGGAGGAGGCCAGUACAGGUCAUGUUUUUGUUGGUACUUUUUGUUCUACAUGAUUUUCCCAUGUGUUCCAUUGCUCUUUCUCCUUGUAAUACUCUCUUCUGGAUUUCUUUAAUAAUGCAGCAUCUGUCCCUGUUUAUUACUUUUGGCAUUGAGUAGUUGGGUAGUCCUGAAGGUUCCUUAGUCUCCAGCAUAACCCAUGGGUGUUUCUUCUACCACCUUAUUCCUGCAUGUCUAAUCCUGAUGCCUACUCCCUACAUGUGCCUAUUGGCUAGCAUCUAAAGAGCUAGGACCCUACCAGAAUUUCUAAUAUGAGAAUUCUGGGAGCCAGUCUGCCAUUCUGAGAGUGACUGGACACUUUCAUCCUAGAGUCCCAGCACACUACAGUUUCCUUUCCCCCAUCCUCCCCUUGGGUUCUGGGAAUGCUGCUGCUUCAAUGAUUCCAGAGCCUAAGAAGGACAACUGUUGAGAUGUUGAGAGAGAUGGUUUUUUCUCGGCUCUGACCAUCUUGGGAAGUCCAGUGGCAAUCCUGGAAAGGUUUAUAUCUCCUUUUGUGAAUUUGGUGGGGAAGGCAAUAUAGAUUGUAUUAAAAAAAAAACAAAAGUUAUAUAUGCAUAUAUCUAUAUAUAACACAACAGAAAUAAAUCUAUGAGAAGUCUAUCUACAAACAUGCCUAGAACUUGGUAUCAUCUGUUUUUGAUAUUUGUGGAUGGAAAUAAGACUCAUUCUCAGUCUACUCUAAAGCAGAAUACUAGAAAAUGAAGAUAACCAGAAACCAUUUUCAGAGUCCUAGCCUAACAGCUAGGACACCUAGCUCUUGGGCUCUCACUUAGGAUAAGUUACUCCAUGUCUCAGCAUGUGUUCAGAAUGAGUACCAACACAUGCGAGAUCCCAGAGAUGCAAACUGACCAUCUCUGGCCUUGCUCUCAAGGAGCUUCACUUCAUCUUCUUUCUUUCCACGUCAUAGAAUUAUAAGGGAAAGAGUUGUUAGUGAACUUGAAUCUUUGCAUUAAAACCACACAAAACUACCAUGUCUGUUGUGCUACUGCCCUCUGUCCAUGUUAGAAUUUCCCAAGAACUAUGCUGGGAAAAUUGGUCUCCUUGGCCUAAAGUACUGCUAUGUGUUCCCUAGAAUUGGGAUUCUCUAGUGUGAGGGACAGUUGAGCCCUUACAUGUGAAGUGCUUGACUUCUGAGGGUACCAGUGAUCCUAGUGUUGACUGAGCUGCUUGUCAAAGCUUCUGUUCUCUGAGAUUUAGGACCUGUAAAGGUCCUAAAGCUCUCAGUCAUGGAACCAGAAAAUGGGAGUGGAAUUCUGACUUUGAUUAAAGAUGAACCAGGUAAGGUUAUACCUUAAGAGGGCAAUGGAGGGCUGGGGAGAUAGCUCA